CCCCAGUUUGGAUCUGAUGUGUUUUCGAAGUGUUCUUCUAAUUUUUUUGAGCAGUGUAUAUGAUCGAAAAGCAGUGCCUAUUUUGCAUUAGAGGCAAGUGAUGCAAUUCCCCACUUGAUCCAGAAGAUGGCACUGUGGCUUACAAAGCAAUAGUCAUUAGCAGCAUGAGAGAUCAGUCAUAAUCCUUUGUGCUCGUUUUGAUUUCAUGUCCUCAGUGUGUUUCUGCCUGAUUUUGUGCAUGCUGACUAUAGUUUUGCUGUAGAAACAAGUCUGGCAGUGCCCCACCCGAUCCAGGACAUGGCGCUGCAGCUAACAAUGUAGUGAUCCGACUGCAAAAGUAACAUCAACUCGUCAUUUUUCCACUACUGCUUUUAUUUUUUUAUUGUCUGUCUUUGUGACCAUGCCAGCUCUCCUAGUCCUUUCUCUGGUUUCGUGGGGCAGCGUAGCCUCUGUCCCAGAUUGCCACGGAAACAUCGUAGUGAGUAGUAUUGACCGUAGAGUGUAGACUGUGUUUGGACUUUGGACAUCCUAUAACGGGACAGUAGUGUGUUAGCUUGGUUUUGGCUGUGCCCCACCUGAUCCAGGACAUGGUGCUGUGGCUAACAAUGUAGUGAUCCGACUCCAAAAGUAACAUCAACUCGUAAUAUUUACACUACUGUUUUUAUUUUUAUAAUAAGUGUGUCUUUGUCUGAUUAUGCCGACUCUCCUAGUCCUUCCUGUUGCUUUUUGGGGCAGCGUCGCCUCUGUCCCAAAUGGCCAUGGAAACGUCGUAGUGAGUGGAAUGAAAAGUGUUGUGUUUAAAGUCUUUUUGUUUUGCACUUUGGAUGUUCUUUCAAGGAAUGUGUUACCUUAAAACAGCGAUGUAGUUUUGCUGUAGGGGCAAGUUUGGCAGAGCCCCACCCGAUCCAGGACAUGGUGCUGUGGCUAACAAUGUAGUGAUCCGACUGCAAAAGUAACAUCAACUUGUCAUAUUUCUAUUUUUAUUUCCUGAAUGUGUGUCUUUGUCUGAUCAUGGUGACUAUCCUAGUCCUUUCUGUUGCUUUGUGGGGCAGCGUAGCCUCACGUCCCAGAUUGGCAUGUGAUGAAAGGUUUCACGCAGGCCGCAGUUUGACCCAGGACCAGACGAUGUGUAUUUCCAAGGUAGGUGUGGCGUUGGAUGUGGGAGGCGUGUUUUGGCGUCUGUGUGUGCAGGAGGGGAUUUGCGGCGGUGCUGAGGGCGUGCGUGGUGGACAGCUUGCCGCUUGGAUUGAUGGAGUGACGUCAGGGCGCCGCUCUUACCUCCAGUACCUAUCAGCUCCGGGGCAGGAUUAGCAGGGACGGCUAAUCCCCCCCACCUACAAGAACUCUUAGCGGUUGUGGCUGGUCGUGGUGCUGCUGCUGGUGGCGGCGGCGGUGGCGGUGGGGGGGGCCAGGCAGUGGUUCAACAGCGGUACCAGUGUGAUACCCCCCUAGCCCAUUCCCGCCCCCUCUUUCCUUUCCCCCUCCUCUGGGACCGCAACGACGAUGGGUGCAUUUGAGUGAGGCAUGAUGGGACUGUGCAGCCUCACCUGCGGAGCCGCAGACGGACACUCGGCCCCGGGGGGGACAGCCAUGGGGGGCUCACCGCGGACAGCCUUCCCCACCAUGAACCACGCCGAGUCCGUGUCAACGGACAGCACGUCCUAGAGAGGACAGCGGACGGGACGUGCAGAGACAUUUCUACGCCUCCGAUGGAAAGCUGGACAUUGUCCGCUAAAAUGCUCUGGAUCGCGCUGCUGCUGGCCGGCUUGACUUUUCGGGACAAAGUGGUCUUGUGUGCGGACUACGACGAGGCGGACUAUGACUCCUAUGAGGACGACAGAGCGGACACCAUCGACUACAAGGACCCGUGUAAAGCUGCUGUCUUCUGGGGUGACAUUGCGUUAGACGAGGAGGACAUCCGCAUGUUCCAGGUUGACAGGACGAUAGACCUGUCUCAGCACACGCACACGCACUCCCUACAGGGCCACACGUCUGGUGGCCUGGAUGAGCAUGAAGUAUUAAAGAAGAGAGGGUCGUUGUACCUGCUGCUGGAGAGGAUACGGCAUUUCGGUUUGGACUUUCUCCCCCUGAAAAACUCCAGUAAGGGAGCUGUCAGUCACAGGAGACCAAGCGUCAAGGCGGGGUAUGCUGCCAAGACUCGCUUUCCCCGAGCGGCCACAUCGCGAGCAGAGAGGAUCUGGCCUGGGGGAGUCAUUCCGUACAUCAUUGGGGGGAACUUCACUGGUAGUCAGAGGGCCAUGUUCAAGCAGGCCAUGCGUCACUGGGAGAAACAAACGUGUGUGACUUUCAUUGAGAAGACAGAUGAGGAGAGCUACAUUGUGUUCACCUACCGCCCCUGCGGGUGUUGCUCCUACGUUGGUCGCCGUGGCAACAGGCCCCAGGCCAUCUCCAUCGGCAAGAACUGCGAUAAGUUUGGCAUCGUGGUACACGAGCUGGGCCACGUCAUCGGUUUUUGGCACGAGCACACGCGGCCCGAUCGCGAUGAUCACGUGACCAUCAUACGGGACAACAUCCAACCUGGUCAGGAGUAUAACUUCCUGAAGAUGGAGCCGGGGGAGGUGAAUUCUCUCGGGGAGCCGUACGACUUUGACAGCAUCAUGCACUACGCCAGGAACACCUUCUCACGGGGGAUGUUCCUCGACACCAUCCUUCCAUCCAGGGACGAAAACGGCGUCCGUCCUGCGAUUGGCCAGCGGACCAGACUCAGUAAAGGAGACAUUGCACAGGCAAGGAAGCUCUAUAGAUGUCCAGCGUGUGGAGAGACACUCCAGGAUUCCACAGGCAACUUUUCUUCUCCUGGUUACCCCAACGGCUAUCCUUCAUACACGCACUGUGUGUGGAGGAUAUCAGUUACGCCUGGAGAAAAGAUUGUCCUCAACUUCACCACCAUGGAUCUGUACAAGAGCAGCCUGUGCUGGUACGACUACAUGGAGGUCCGCGAUGGCUACUGGAGGAAGGCUCCUCUGCUGGGCAGGUUUUGUGGAGACAAACUUCCUGAUGUCUUGACCUCCACUGACAGCAGAAUGUGGAUCGAGUUCCGUAGCAGCAGCAACUGGGUGGGGAAAGGCUUUGCCGCUGUUUAUGAAGCCAUCUGUGGCGGGGACAUCAACAAGGACUCGGGGCAGAUCCAAUCUCCCAAUUAUCCCGAUGAUUACCGACCCUCCAAAGAGUGCGUGUGGAGGAUCACCGUGUCUGAGGGAUAUAACGUGGGCCUCAGCUUCCAGGCCUUUGAGAUUGAGCGACACGACAGCUGCGCCUACGACUACCUGGAGGUGCGAGACGGCCCCCUGGAGACGAGCCCUCUGAUCGGCCGGUUCUGCGGCUACGACAAGCCCGAGGACGUGCGCUCCACCUCGCACACGCUGUGGAUGAAGUUCGUCUCCGACGGGACGGUCAACAAAGCGGGCUUUGCUGCAAACUUUUUCAAGGAGGAGGACGAGUGUGCCAAGCCGGACAAUGGCGGAUGCGAGCAGAGGUGCGUCAACACGUUGGGAAGCUUUAAGUGCGCCUGCGACCCGGGCUAUGAGCUAGCGCCCGACAAAAAGAGCUGCGAAGCUGCGUGUGGCGGCCUCCUUUCCAAGCUCAACGGGACCAUUAGCACCCCUGGCUGGCCCAAAGAGUACCCCCCCAACAAGAACUGCGUGUGGCAUGUGGUGGCCCCGACCCAGUACCGCAUCUCCAUGCAGUUUGAGGCCUUUGAGUUGGAGGGCAACGAGGUGUGUAAGUACGACUACGUGGAGGUGCGCAGCGGCCUGUCGCCGGACUCCAAGCUGCACGGAAAAUACUGCGGCACCGAGGUCCCUGAAGUCAUCACCUCUCAGUACAACAACAUGAGGAUUGAGUUCAAGUCCGACAACACCGUGUCCAAAAAGGGCUUCAAGGCUCAUUUCUUCUCAGACAAAGACGAGUGCAGCAAGGACAACGGCGGCUGCCAGCACGAGUGCGUCAACACGGUGGGCUCGUACGUGUGCCAGUGUCGCCACGGCUUCGUGCUGCACGAGAACAAACAUGACUGUAAGGAAGCUGAGUGCGAGCACAAGAUCCACAGCCCCAGCGGGACCCUGAGCAGCCCCAACUGGCCCGACAAGUACCCCAGCCGCAAGGAGUGCACCUGGGACAUCACGGCCACGCCGGGACAUCGUGUCAGGAUCGCCUUCAGUGAGUUUGAGAUCGAGCAGCACCAGGAGUGCGCGUACGACCACCUGGAGGCCUUCGACGGGGACACUGACACGGCAGCCAUCUUGGGUCGUCUGUGCGGCAGCAAGGUGCCGGAGCCGCUGAUCUCCACGGGCAACAGGAUGUACCUCCGCUUCAUCUCUGACGCCUCUGUGCAGAGGAAGGGCUUCCAGGCCUCGCACUCCACAGAGUGCGGAGGUCGCCUUAAGGCGGACGCCCACCAGAAGAACCUCUACUCUCACGCCCAGUUCGGCGACAACAACUACCCGGGCCACAGCGAGUGCGAGUGGCUGCUGACGGCCGUGCAGGGCUACGGCAUCGAGCUGAGCUUCGUCACCUUCGAGGUGGAGGAGGAGGCCGACUGCGGCUACGACUACAUCGAGCUCUACAACGGCUACGACGGCGACUCGCACCGGCUGGGUCGAUUCUGCGGCUCGGGGCCCAGAGAGGGAAUCUACUCUCCCAGUGAGGCCGUGCUCAUCCGUUUCCAUAGCGACGACACCAUCAGCAAGAAGGGCUUCCACAUCCGCUACUCCAGCGCCAAGUUCCAGGAGACCCUUCACGCCAGGAAAUGACCCCACCCCUCACCCCCAACCGCAAACCUUCGACCUCAGCUAGAACGCCUCUGCCAUGUGGGCGGAGUUGUUGAAGGAGGACGGACACGCCCCCUCCGUGUGGAAGGGACAUGAGUCUGCAACAUUUGGACAUCCUGCGGGUGGAAUCGUUUUUUUUUUUGUCGUUGUUGUUUUUUGUGGACAUCAACUCCUCUUAGGAUGCCGGAAUGACGCGAAGGACAAACUUUGGAUGAACUAAGGAACUUUUCCAGCUCACCUUUUUCUUUUAACACUCCAGCAGACAUUUUUACCGCCUUGUGUAUCGGAUCUGAUGAUUUGUGUUGUGUGGUGACUGUGCAUGUGUGUGUGUGUGUGUGUGUGUGUGCGUGUGUGUGCGCUCAUGCAGACAAAUGACCUCCACCAAGGCAGAACCAUCCAAAACAUGUCCAGUCGAUGACAAGCGCCCCUCCAGCAUCAAUAUGGCAUGCAAUGCACUUCCUCUCCAAUCCUGUAGGUGGCUGUAAUGCUUUACCCACCACGGCUCCAUCUGCUGGGUCUGGUGGCUCAGUGCCCCUACUUGGCCUCAAUGCAGUCACAAAAACAGCGAAAAUAUGCUGGAUCUGCUCCAAAAUGUUUUAGCUUCUUCCUUUGCCCCUGACACAAGGUUCUGUGGAAAUUGGUGAUGUAUUUUUCCCCACCUCCCGCCGCCUGACCGUGACACUGCGAUGAAAAUGGAACUUGGUCACAGGAAACCAACCAGAAAGUAAUAAUAAUGAUAAUGGAUUACAUUUGAUAUAGCGCUUUUGAAGUGUACGCAUCAUUCAUUCACUCCUCAGUCACACACUGGUGGUGGUAAACUACAUCUGUAGCCACAGCUGCCCUGGGGCAGUCAGACGGAAACGUGACUGCCAAUUUGCGCCGACGGCUUCUCCGACCACACACACCAGUGUGGGCAGCACCGGGGGCAAGGUGGGUGAGCGACAGUACUAGGAUGGAGGGAGCGAGGAUCCUUCCAAGUGUCUGGACGACCUGCUCUUGUGGCUCCCUCUCGAGUCACUGUCGUCCCAAAUGAACCCGCAAAUCAAUGUGAAAGCCCGGCAUCAUCACUUCUCAGACCCUUCCGUGGAAUCUUUCCCGCACUGCUUUGAUGUGUUUUGGUGGACAUCCCGGAAGGGAAUAUUCAUCCUCACGGGGGAGGCGUUCGUUCUCAUUGGUGCUAAAAACAAGGAAACGCUGAGUGAGGGAUGGUGAACGGGUGCAGGAAGCGUCGCCAGCGGGCGCUAGUCCUGUGGAACUACUUCAUUGCCUUAGCACUCCAUGGAUGCCGUGUCUUGUCUUUCAGUCUGAAUGCUUUUGCUGUUUGAAAGAAAAGAGAAGAAGUCACAGAUGGUGCAUGUGCGUCCUUUCCUAGCUUACAAUCCAAAUACAUUGAUGUGUAUACCCCACAACCCCCCCCCCCCCCCCCCCGCAUACGUGUAUUCUAUGUGUGUGUUGUCAGAGAUGAUAUCAAAUGUGUGUGUGCAAAGUCAUGUGCCAAGCUCCACGUCAUCCUGAUCCAGCAUCUUUUAUUAUUAAUAUUAUUAUUGUUAUUAUUAUAAUUCCACAUCUGUCUGUGUCUGUGACGCCGACAUGUCCCACACCACCUCUGCAUCAUUAAAA